GCUUCCAGGCCAUAAACGCAUGGACGUCAUGUUUUUGCGCUUUUGUCUAGAGCACGCACGGAGUACCUAUUUACCAUUUACCUGUAUUUUUUAAGCCUUAGGCCUUAGCCAUUUGAAUUGUGUUUGGAAUGUCGUAAAUCGGAUAUAUUUUUUUCCUGUGAAGGUAUAUAUUUAAUGGAUUGCCUACAUUAAAAGUUCGUGAAGCACUUAUCUAUACCUACUGAACCAGUUUUGGCGAUAUCAAAUGUGAAGAGUGUAACCUGUUGACGCGUGUGUUUGGUCGUCGACAUGCCCGACAUCAAGAUCACGCCGCUUGGCGCCGGGCAGGAUGUGGGCCGCAGCUGCCUGCUGCUGUCCAUGGGCGGCAAGAACAUCAUGCUGGACUGCGGCAUGCACAUGGGGUACAACGAUGAGCGCCGCUUCCCCGACUUCUCGUACAUCGUGCCCGAGGGACCCAUCACCAGCCAGAUUGACUGUGUUAUUAUAUCCCACUUCCACCUCGACCACUGUGGCGCUCUUCCCUACAUGUCUGAAAUGGUAGGCUACACCGGCCCCAUAUACAUGACACAUCCUACUAAAGCAAUUGCUCCCAUACUUUUAGAGGAUAUGAGGAAAGUUGCAGUUGAAAGAAAGGGAGAGUCCAACUUCUUUACCUCACAAAUGAUCAAGGAUUGCAUUAAGAAAGUUACAGCAGUAACAUUACAUCAGUCUGUGAUGGUUGAUAAUGAUUUGGAGAUUAAAGCAUACUAUGCUGGUCAUGUACUUGGGGCGGCCAUGUUUUGGAUUCGUGUUGGGUCACAGUCUGUGGUGUACACUGGAGAUUAUAACAUGACCCCUGAUAGACAUCUAGGUGCAGCCUGGAUAGACAAGUGCCGACCGGACCUGUUGAUAUCAGAGUCUACUUAUGCGACUACCAUAAGAGAUUCAAAGCGUUGUAGAGAGAGAGACUUUCUUAAAAAAGUUCAUGAGUGUGUAGAAAAAGGAGGCAAAGUUCUAAUUCCAGUGUUUGCAUUGGGCAGAGCACAAGAGCUUUGUAUAUUACUGGAGACAUAUUGGGAGAGAAUGAAUUUGAAAUACCCUGUGUAUUUUGCUUUAGGCUUGACUGAAAAAGCUAACAACUACUAUAAGAUGUUUAUAACAUGGACGAAUCAAAAGAUCAGGAAAACAUUUGUACAAAGAAAUAUGUUUGAUUUCAAACACAUAAAGCCAUUUGAUAAAUCAUACAUAGAUAAUCCGGGAGCUAUGGUGGUGUUUGCAACACCAGGCAUGUUGCACGCAGGGUUGUCACUGAACAUAUUCAAGAAAUGGGCUCCGUAUGAACAAAACAUGGUGAUUAUGCCAGGGUUCUGUGUUCAGGGAACUGUUGGUCAUAAAAUUCUUAAUGGAGCCAAGAAAGUGGAGUUUGAGAACCGUCAAGUGGUGGAGGUAAAGAUGGCAGUGGAAUACAUGUCCUUCUCUGCACACGCUGAUGCCAAAGGUAUAAUGCAGCUGAUACAGUACUGUGAACCGAAAAAUGUUUUACUUGUGCAUGGUGAGGCCCAAAAAAUGGAAUUCCUCAAAGAUAAAAUAGAAAAGGAAUUUAAUAUUCCUUGUUACAUGCCCGCAAAUGGAGAAACAUGUACAAUCAAUACACCAACUAAGAUUCCCAUUGAUGUGUCCUUGAGGUUGCUGAAAGCUGAGGCUGUGCGAUACAACGCCCUGCCCCCCGACCCGAAGCGGCGUCGCGUCAUCCACGGGAUCCUGUGUGUCAAGGAUAAUAGAUUGUCCUUGUUGGACAUUGAUGAAGUGUGUGAUGAAAUUGGUAUCAACAGACAUAUUGUGCGGUUCACCAGUACAGUACAUUUCAAUGAUCCGGGUCCUGCUGUUAAAACUGCUGAAAAACUGAAGGUUUUACUGACAGAGAAGCUCCAAGGCUGGACCAUUACUAUAUCAGAUGGGAACAUAUCAGUGGAGUCUGUUCUUAUCAAAGUGGAGGGGGAAGACGACAGUACAAAGAACAUUUAUGUCUCUUGGACCAACCAGGAUGAAGAUUUGGGAAGCUACAUCUUAGGAUUACUGCAAUCCAUGGUACAGUGAUGUCAAAAAUGAAGUUGUACAUGUGAUACUUUGGAAAUAAUGUUAUAAGUAAUAACUGCUUUUUUGUUGUAAUAAAGUUUAAUAAAUUAGUUUGAACAAAUAA